GAUAGCACUGGACAGGUUGAAAAUUAUUUCCUUAUCCCCACGGCCCUUCUUCGACACAUCAUCUUCCACUGCUCUUUCUCUCUCUCUCUCUCUCUCUCUCGAUCAACGAUUGGUAAAGCUGGAGUUGGGGAACUGACUGAAAGUGAUUCACAGAAGGUGUCCAUGGCGGUGUAUUCAACCACUGCAACUCCUUACAUUACCUGGAGAGAUCCUAAUGGAUUUCAGUAUUCGACACCGAAACUUGGCUUUCUCCUUCCACAUUCCGUUAGGUUUCCCGUGAAACAGCAACAACGAAACUAUAUGACGAUGAAGAGUUCAGGUGAUGGUUCACAAGAGACUGCGACGGAAACGGAAACGGAAACGGAAACGAAAACAGAAACGGAAUUGGAAUCGGAAUCGCAGAGUUCUGUUGAAGCGACUAAAUCUCCUCCUUCUAUCAUCUCCGCUUUGAAUGUCGAAAAGGCUCUUCGCGGCAUCGCAAUUACUGAGGUAGAUCACUACGGUAGACUUGGACUUCAAAGAGGAUGUCCCUAUAAGGAGGUAACAGUUGCAUAUAAGAACAAAUAUGAGGAACUCAUGAAUCAAGGACCGGAUGAAGAGGAUUUCACCAAGAAACUGGAUCUCUUAAAGGAAUCGUAUUCAAUUCUGUCCUCGGAACAGGAAAGGAGAUUAUAUGACUGGAGCUUGGCAAGGGCUGAGAAACCAGACAAAUAUCUCUGGCCUUUCGAGGUUGACAUAACAAAAUCAACAUCACCCGAGACUCCACCGCCGCAGGAACCAGAAGAUGUGGGUCCCACUAGAGUGGUGGGUUACUUCAUCUUGGGCUCGUUGGUAUUAUCCUACGCAUUAUCCAUUGCUCUUAAUCGAUGAGAAAUCUUUGUUUAAUGACUUAAACUGCUGGAAGCAUUUGUUUGUUAUCAUUAUAAACAUUACUUAACCUUAAGCUGAAUUAUUUUUUCAA